AUGGUGAGCGCGGGGCCCGUGUGUGCAGACGGAAGCAGCGGCUGCUGGAGCCGCCAGAGCGGGCUGUGCUGUGCUGGGUCCUCCCCGGGCGGGCGGCAGCCUGACGGCAUCCUGUACAUCCCAGCAACCAGGUUCCCGGUGCGGCAGCCUGUGGCAUUUCCUGAUGCAGCUGCUUCUGUGCCCAGCACUGAGCGGGAGGCUCCAUCUGCGGGUAGCAGCUUCAGGGAUUCUGUGAUAUUUGAGGAUAUUGCCAUAAAUUUCACCCAGGAAGAGUGUGGUUUCCUGAAUCCUUCUCAGAAGAAUCUCUGCAGAGAUGUGAUGCUGGAAACCUGCAGGAACUUCACUUUUAUAGGAAGCAUUUGUGAAGAUGAGACUAUUAAAGACCAUUAUAAAAGUUCUGGAAAAAAAUCCAAGUUUUUUGGUAAUAGAUAUGGAAACACACGGCACCAAAAACUCAAUCUAUACGAAGAAUAUCGAAAGGCCUCUGCUGAUGGCAGUUCACUUCACUCAUCUGGAGGAACUCAAACGGUAAGAAAGCAUUAUCAGUGUAAUGUAUGUGGGAAACAUCUGAGUUCUUCCACUUCUCUUCAAGGAGAUGAAAGAAUUCACAGUGGUGAAAAACCCCAUAUAUGUACACAAUGUGAUAAGUCCUUUACUGGAGAGAAACCCUAUGAUUGUGAUAAAGCAUUUAGACAGUACAGUUUCCUUCAAGUACAUGAAAAAAAUCACACUGGAGAAAAACCAUAUGAAUGUAAAGAAUGUGAUAAAACCUUUAGAUAUCACAGUUCUCUCCAGGUACAUGAAAAAAAUCAUACUGGAGAAAAACCCUGUGCAUGUAAACAAUGUGGAAAAGACUUUGGAUGUCACAGUCAUCUUCAUAGGCAUGAAAAAACGCAUAGUGAAGAGAAACCAUAUGCAUGUAAAGAAUGUGACAAAGCCUUUAAACAAUACAGUUACCUUCAAGUACAUGAGAAAAUUCAUACUGGGAGAAAACCAUAUGAAUGUAAAGAAUGUGAUAAAGCCUUUCGAUAUAACAGAUCUCUUCAGUUACAUGAAAAACUUCAUUCUGGAGAAAAACUGUAUGAAUGUUUACAAUGUGGUAAGGGCUUUAGAUGUAGUAGUUAUCUUCAAACACAUGAAAAAACACAAACUGGAGAGAAACCUUAUGCAUGUAAACAAUGUGGAAAAGCCUGUAGACAGUCCAGGCAUCUUCAUGCACAUGAAAAAAUUCAUACUGGAGAAAAACUGUAUGAAUGUAAACAAUGUGGUAAAGCCUUUAGAUGUGAUAGUUAUCUUCAAAGACAUGAAAAAACACACACUGAAGAGAAACCCUAUGCAUGUAAACAAUGUGGCAAAGCCUUUAGACAGUCCAGUCACCUUCAUGCACAUGAAAAAAUUCAUACUGGAGAAAAAGCAUAUGAAUGUAAACAAUGUGGUAAAGCCUUCAGCAGUCACAGUUCUCUUCAAUUACAUGAAGAAAUUCAUAGGGGAGAAAAAUGUAAACAAUGUCGUAAAGACUUCAGAUGUCACAGUGAUAUUCAAAGACAUGAGAAGUUCACACUAGGCAAAACCCUGUGA